GAAAGACUAGUAACUAAGAAAAUACUAAAUGGCCGUUCAUUAUUUAUAUUUUCUUGAGUUAAUUUGAUCUUUUAGGUGGCUUGUUAUGUAUAACAUAUAAAAAUGAAUUACAUGCGAAAAUUGGCAUUAAAAUAUAUUAAGAAUCCUUCAAAAUAUGCACAUGUACUAUUGAGAAGUCCAGCAGCUGUUUGUUCAACAUUUUCUAAUGAAAAUUUUUAUCGAAAACAGUCAAGUUAUAUCCCUAAUAGUGCGCAGAGUAUAAUUCUAGAUGAUGUCCAGUCUGAGGAAGAGGAAAAAAUUUCAAAAGAGGUGAUAUCAAAAAUCAAUGACCAAAUAAAGAACAAAACCCAUAGUCGCCUUUUUGCAGUUAUUCAGCUUUGUGAAAGAAAAUUUAAAAUAACUGAUGAAGAUAUUAUUGCUGUUGGAUCAUUUUUUCCUGCCGGUGUUGGAGACAAAAUUCGUCUGGAGAAAGUAUUGGCUGUUGGGAGCACUGAUUUUACCCUCUUAGGGAGGCCUUUAUUAAGCAAAGAUUUAAUUCGUAUUGAUGCUACUGUAAUAGAGAAAACAUACAUUGUACCAAGACCAUUAUUUAGAAUGGGAAUCCAUUAUCAAAGACUUCAUUGGUUUCGCACACCAUAUGUUUUAAUAAGAAUUAAUAGUAUCAAUUUUCUACACUCAUUGGAUGAUCUUCCUUCUGUAGAAGGUGUUGAAGACAGAGUUAUUUAUUAGUUUCUUGUUCAUUUUGAAUAAAUUCUUCAAAUUUUACUAAA